AUGCAGGUGCUCAACGAAUCACUGCGUCUAUCAAUCCUCUACUUCCUGCUCGUCUUCUUGACGGGCUUCCUCUUCGGCUCAGCCCGAGUACCCUUUCUUCAACCCGCCAUGGGUGCUCGUGUCGUCGAAAUCCUGGAAACGCCAAUCAUGUUACUUGUGAUCUGGCAAGCUGCACAACUGACGGUGUGGCAGCUUGAGGUUGCCGCUACAGACUUCAUCACCCCUAUCCUCGUCGGCGCAUUGUCCAUGUUGUGGUUGGCCGCCGUGGAGUUUUCGGGUUUGUCUAUUGGCGAAGGUGGAUGGUGGAACGGAUUCAAAGUGCACAUCGUCCACAAAGACCCUCUUUUGGGGUCGAUGUAUGCUCUCGUCAUUCUGGCGUAUGCCGCUAUGCCGUUCUAUGUCUGGAGCGGGCAAAAACAGCAAAUCGAUCAGGCUUUGUUGGAUAUCAGUGCCGAGUCCAAACGGAUCGGGGAGAGCGACGACUACUGUACCAGGUGA